UGCUGAUGUGCCCUUUCCGUGGCUGGCCUAUUAGGCUGCCUCCGUUUUUUGGCUAGCCUCCCAGAAAAGGCUUUUGUAAUGAAAACAUGAUCUUGUAUGGUGUACAGCCAGAGCAGAGGCUCACCGAUGUCUCUGCUGUUUCAGCUCCCCUUUGGAAUCUACUGAGGUCCACCGUUGGUUUCCAGUAUGCAGAGACCCACUAAAUCGUAAAUACUUUUGCAAUGGAGGAAAAAAAUCAGAAGGAUUUAAUAUGUGAUGGAGAAAUCCAAAGGAAAGAACAGAAAGAUGCUGAGUUGGAUAAAAAGAUUCAAGCCUUAAGGAAGAAAAAUGAAGCAUUAAUCCGGAGACACCAAGAAAUUGAGGAAGACAAAAGAAAUGCAGAGAAAGGAGGCAUGGGAGUAACCCCCCGAAAGGCUAAACAAGAAAGCCUUACUAUAACCAUUACAAAGGAGAAAAGAAGUGAGGGUUGGAUGAAUACUGAUGACAGUGAAGAUGAAGAGGAACAAAAAAUUACAUUUUGUAUGGGUAACAAAAUGCAGCUGGCUGUGACAGUGGACAGUAAAGUUAAGAGUAAGCGCUUUGUCACCAAGAAAGUUGACCAGGAUGAUCACGUCACAAGCGAUCUCUCUGGUUUAGACGAGGAGCAGGUGGACCAUUUGUUCACUUACGGAAGAGGACGGCGUAUGCAGAUGGCUAUCAUAACGGAGCAAGAAAAAGGAAAGAAAAAAGCAGCAACCCAGAGAUCUAGACUAGAGAAGGCAUGUAACAGGGAUGAAAAUAAAAUGAUGAAUGAGGAGUGUCCAAAGAAUUACUCAAACCUGAGCAUGGCUGCAAAUCAGAAUUCUGAGUACCAACAGUGGAAGAAGGAGAGAGAGCAGAUUGACUUUGAUAGGGUUGCAAGGCAGAGGAAUUCGAGAGGAGAGUGGCGACGUGCAUGGGACAUCGAUAAGAAAGAGCAUAUGUUUGAAGAUGAUGCAAUCCCAGAUAGAUUGUCUGGCUGGAUAGGUACUGAAAAACAAAUGUCGGCACAGACUGAGAAUGUAACAAAAACAUUACCAACCAUAAGCAGUAAAGCUAAAGGCAAAGAUCGACUCACUGGCAGAGCACAAAGGUGGGAUAACAUGGAGGGAAAUGUAUUUUCCAGUGUGCUAGAAGAAUUUUCUAUGCAGAAAGGUCGAGAUUUUCAUGAAGCCCCUCAACGUUUGAAAGUGCGUGUAAUGGAAGGAAAAUGUCCUACCAUUGAGAAUUCCGAACCUUCAAAACAAAAGAGAUCACUGGAAAAUAAACAAAAGACAGAAAAUGGUUCUCUGAAGCUCGAAAGUGCUGUUUUAGGUGCUUGCCACGACACUUGUUCACAGGAGAAGAAAUUAUCUGGAGAUUUAGCGGGAGGAAUGGGUCUUGAAGACAAAUGCGAGAAACAAUUGCAAGACAAGCAAGUGGAAGAGUUCUUCCCAGAUUUAGCCCAAGUGGAUAGUGAUACAACAGACUAUUUAUCCGUGCUAAACAGUGAAAGACAACCAGUGAGCCUUGGACAACUAAAACCUGAGCGGCCAUUACUGGUUAGAGAAGACUCAGCUCAACAAUGCGGUGACAAACAAUGUGCCAAACCACAGGUGGAUUGUUAUUAACAACCUAUGCACCUUAAAGUAUUGAAGUUUGCUCUUCUUUA